CGUGCUUGCUUCAUACUUUUACUUUCGGUUUAAAGGUGUGGUGAUACAAUGGCACACAGAUCAGUUCGCAGAAGUAGUCCAGACUUGGAUCGGCCCCACAGCAGGAGGCAUCGCAGUUCAAGUGUUGAUCGCCCCAAUAUGUCAAUACAGGCAUCUACAAAACCAGACCUGAACCUGGUGUUGUGUGGAAGUGAUGCUGCUCUGAAAGCCUCUGUAUUGGAAUGUUUCAUGGGGGAAAAAACACUUUCCAUGUCACAUCAGACGUUCAGCUCAGAGUGUGUGAUGGAGGAGGAGAAGAUUCAUGGUCAUCUGAUGAGUCUGGUGAAGCUUCCAGCUCUGAUCCAUCUCUCAGAGGAGGAUGUGAUGCAUCAGACUCUCAACUGUGUGUCUCUCUGUCAUCCUGGAGUUCAUGUUUUCCUCCUCAUUGUUCCUGAUGCUCCACUGACUGAUGAAGACAAAGCAGAAAUAGAGAAGAUCCAGAAGAUAUUCAACUCCAGAGAGCACUUCAUGCUGCUUUUCACCACUGAUCUCACUGUUGGAACACUAGUGACAGAUUUAGUCAAAUCCAGACCAGAAUCUCAGAGGUUAAUCAGUCUAUGUGGAGGUCAGUACAGAGUGAUGGGGUUAAAGGAACCUGAAAACUCCAGGCAGAUCCCAGAACUACUGGAAUAUAUAGAGAACAUGAAGACUGAACCGUAUUCACUUCAGAUGUAUAUGAAAGCUCAGGAGAACAGAGUCAGAUGUGAAGCAGAGGAGAAAUAUAAAGAAGAACAGAAGAGAAUGGAGAAUGAAAUUAAAGAGUUAAAGCAGAAGAUUCAGUCAGAAGGUGAGUGGAUAAUAUUCUUUUAAAAUAAAAUGUUUUUAUAUAUGAUUUCCAUCAUGAAGUUUAUCCAUCACUUGCAAAUCUGAGUCAGCGUUUCCCAGCCCUGCUCCUGGAGACACACCAACACAACACAUUUUCAAACUUUUCAAACAUUUUCAUUUUGAAUGAACUCAUCAGUCAAUUAGUAGAGACUCCCAAGA